AUGGUGAGAGGUAUAUUAAAUCAUAGAAAAAAGAAAUUACCACAGGUGCAAGAUAAAACGGUUCUGUGGGUUGAAGAUGAAGAAUUUACUGGGUCAAAUAAGAUAAAAAUUCUGACACAUGAAGCAUUUUUGUUGUUCCACUCUUCUUUAGCUAUUUCAAAUCAACUACAACCACAAUUUGCAACCGAUGUGGAAAAUUUGCAUGAGGUCCACCAUGGUUUUCUUAAGUCUUUAAGAACAGUAAAUGUAAUAGCUAAAAGAAUUAGGGAUGAUCUAGAUAAUUUAAGAGGUAAUGAUUAUGACUUGGAUUUAAAUAUUAAAAUUGAUUAUGAAUUUACUGCAGUCCCCAAAUCGAAUAAGGGCAAUGUUUAUAAUGACGGUCAUGGUAAUACAAAUAGCAAUUUGAAUGCAUUGACUCAGCAAAGUACAAAUAGUCUGGAUUCAGACUUUGAUUACAACCAAUCUGUUGUUACACAACAACUACAACCCAAAACUGUUAAACAGAAAUCAAAUCAUGUUAAUUUUGAUGGGAGCCAAAUAGAACAGAACAAACAAAAGGAAAAGGAAAAACCUACUAAUAAAAAUAAGAGGUCAUUAAAGAAUAUUUUCAAGAAGGAAAAAGUCGAAAUUUUAAAGGAAGAUACUACUACCAAUGAACAACAAGAUCAAAGAAAACCAUUCGAAUAUUUCAAUCCUCAACCAAAUAUUUUACAAGGUUAUUUAAAAUAUUAUCAAUUAGAUAAAGAUGAUUAUGAAUGCUUUUCAAAUUCAAUUCCACUCGAUUUUCUUAAUGAUUAUCCUGUUGAAACUGAUACUUCAAAGACCACGAAUACUGAAUCAGAAGAUACUGCUUUUAUUUUUGGUGAUCCCACCGCUAAUGUUUCAACCUCCUAUAAAAUCAAUUAUCGAGAUCAAUUUUCUGAUUCACAUACAACAUCAAAUUCAACUUCAAUAAACGAAGUUGAAUUGGAAGGUGAAACUCAAGAAAGUGAAAAUUUGACUUUUAAUCCAAAAUAUUCAUCAACUCCUACACAAUUUAAUCAAAAAAGAUUUGAUAAAACAAAAAUAAUGGAAGAUGGUAGAAAAGAAAAACAGCAUCAAUCUCAAAAAUACAACCAAAAAACAUCAAUAAAACCAAAUUCAGAUAAAUCAGGUAGAUCUAAUCAAAAAAUAAAUAAAAAUCAACGGGAACAAAUUCCACCAAAAGCAUCAACUUUGAAACCUUUUAAUCAUAAUAUUUUGAAUCAACCACAACAAACACCCUUUAACAAAAAAUUAACCAAUAUCCUAGGUCCAAAUCCUCAACUAACCAAGGUACUUGAAACAUCUCCAUUUUAUGAAAAUAUGGAAAGCGAUAAUGAAAGUUUUGAAAACGAACCAAUCCAAACAAAAAAUAAAGAAAAUCGUCCUUUAAUCGGUCAUUCAAAGAAAAAUAAGCAAAAUUCAAAAAGUUAUAAUCCGUAUGAUGUUAGGUUUGCUGGAAGAUUUUGA